AUGCUGAAAUCUCCGCCGUCGAAACUCGGUCCAAUGUCUUGCCAGCGCCUGCACCCCAACCAUGGCAUCAGCCUCCGCCGACGAUCCCAUUCGUCUGCCCGCAAGCGGUUCGUGGCCUCGGUCGCCUGCAUCAGCACCGCCCUCGUCGGCAUCAUCCUCGGAAUCUACUCUGGCCUGGUCCCCUCCAUACAGUACUACGUCGUGGACCAGUCCCACGUCAUAGUCCACGGAAACACCGGCUGCUUUCUCGGCCUGGCUCUGCCCUCCUUCUUCCUCUGGCCCUUGCCCUUGCUCCACGGCAGGAAACCCUACAUCCUCUCCAGCCUGGUACUGGCGAUGCCCCUGCUCUUCCCCCAGGCCCUGGCCAUCAACUCGCAGCGGCUCACCAACCCCGCGGCGUGGAAGUGCGCCUUGCUGGCCGCCAGGGCCCUCAUGGGCGCGUCCCUCGGCUUCUCCAGCCUCAACUUUCACUGCGUCCUGACGGACCUGUUUGGCGCCUCCCUCAUGAGCUGCAACCCCCACCAAGAGGUCGUGGACCGCUUCGACGCGCGCCGGCAUGGCGGCGGCAUGGGCGUCUGGCUGGGCAUCUGGACCUGGUGCUGGAUCGGCUCGCUCAGCCUGGGCUUCCUGGUCGGCGCCUGCGUCAUCGACAACCACCACCCGGCCUGGGGCUUCUACAUCAGCGUCAUCAUCCUGGCCGUCGUCCUCGUCCUCAACGUCGUCGCCCCCGAGGUCCGCCGCUCGGCGUACCGGCGAUCCGUCGCCGAGGUGCGCACCGGCGACGACAUCUCGCGACGCGUUGCCCGCGGCGAGGUCAUGAUGCACCGCGUCAAGACCGGGCCCCGGUGGUGGGGGCAAGAGGUGUACCACGGCAUCGCGCUCAACCUGGAAAUGCUCCGUCAGCCCGGAUUCGCCGUCGUCGCCCUCUACGUGGCCUGGGUGUACGCCCAGGUGGUCCUCGUCAUCGCCCUGCUGGGCUCUCUGGCCUCGAGGUUCUAUCGGCGGAGGCCGACCGAGGUCGGCUUGCUCGUCGGCGCCAUGGCUCUCGGCGCGCUCCUGGCCAUUCCCUUCCAAAAGGCCAACCUGUUCUCGCGCUCCCGCCAGGCCCAGCUCAACAGCAACCUGGCCACGCUGGAGAGGAAGGUGGCGUGGUCGUCCCACCUGGUGCGCCGCACCGUCUUCACCCUCAUCCUGCCCCUUUCCGGCAUCGGCUACGCGGCCGUGUCUUCGGGCCCGCCGAUCCCCGUCGGCGUCCCGGCCCUCUUCUCCGCCUUUGUCGGCUUCUUCUCCUGCCUCGCCAUAUCCGAAUGCAGCGGCCUGGUCAUGGAAGCCUUUGACUGCUCCGACCUGUCGCCCGGGAUGACGGGCCGCCAAAAGGCGCCUUCUGGCCGGAGGCGGAGGCGAACCAACUACUCGUCGUUCCCGCGGGUGACGGCCGGGUUCGCGUCGAUGCACUCGCUGGCGUUUGUCUUGGCCGCCGGCGCGACCGCGCUGGGCGGCCACGUGAGCCGGACCAUCGGCCAGCAGGUGUCCACCGGCGUCGUGGCGGGGAUCCUGCUCAUCCUGACCUUUUUGCUGCUCCUCGCGCUCAUCCGCUUCACCGAGGUCCAGAUCGUGCCGCAGUCCAAGUCGCAGGAGAUGGACAGGUUGGUGGAUGCCCGACGACGGUCCUCGAUACGGCGAGUCUCGAUGCCCCACGACGCCCAAGCCGUCAUCGAGGAGGAGAAGGCGUGGCAGCCCGUCAUGAUUGGAAACCCGACCAGCAAGACGCGCCGCAUGAACAUUUUGGAGCUGGGGAGCAUGACGCGCUGGCAGGAGAUUCGGCGGAAGAACAAGCUGAUUGACGCGGGAGCCCACGUCAACAGGGAGGCGUGGGAUCAAGGCAUGGAGGCCCUGGACGACCAGCUGAGCGACUUUCGGCGCAACGCUCACCAACUGCUGCACGGCGGGAAGCGGGGCGCGCGGCGGACGAGGCGGACGGGGGACAGCAGCGAUGUUGAGCAGCCGAUUGAGAUGAAGAAUGCGCAAGACCAAGACCGAGUGUCCAUCUGA